AUGUGGCGCACAGAGCCAGGCAAAUUCUACGGCCUCCGAGCACAAAUGUCCAUAUGGGGUUCGCCAGACCAACAAGUCCAUCAAGAAUCAGGGGCAUCCAUACUGGUCUCAUGUGAAAAAGACGGCCGCAUCGCCUCAGUUCAAGCUGGAUUUCAUAUUGACCCUUACAUGCACAAUAACAGGGAUGUUCGCUUCUUCACAUAUUGGACGAGAGAUGUGGACAAUUCGCCAGGAUGCUACAACUUGCAAUGCCCAGGAUUUGUGCCGGCAAAUGGAGCUGCACUUGUGCCGGGCCAAGCUGUUGCUCCUCCAUCAGUUUAUGGUGAACAAGCUCGCUACGUCACAAUUAACCUAAAUAAGGAUCCAAAUUCUGGAGAUUGGGUAGUGUACCGGCAUGAUUUGGAGACCCCGUCGUACCUGGGCCACUUUCCCGGUGACAUUUGCCCCAGCACACCUCGGACACUGGCGCUGACAGGGUUCGUGAGCUACCCGAAGAAUGCACAGGGUCCUCCAAUGGGGAGCGGCCAUCUCCCUAACGACCAGGACGACAAGAAAACAGCGUACUUCAAGCACAUCAAGCUCUACGACGGCAGAGGCCGCACCGUUGACCCGAUCACGACUCCCAUGGUCCGGGUCGUUGACCGGCCGGAUUGCUACGACGAAACUGGAGUGACAGUGAAGAUCAAGAGUGGGUACAUGUUUUACUAUGGUGGACCACCUGGUUGUAAAGGCUAA